UAUUAUUACAAGAAUAACCCCAACAAAAGCCAACACACUUUCGACAACCCCAAGUGAGAAAGUGAAAGAGAAUAACAACUGUGCCUUAAGAAAUUAUUAGUGAAAUAACCCUUUCAUGAUUCAUCUCAUAUUUAAACAUUAGUCUCUCACACUAAGUCUAAACCCUAACUAAUUCAAUUUAUAAUCCAUCUUUAUGUAUAUACAUAACACACACACACACAUAUAUGUAUACUGUUUACUUUUCAAUUCUAUAUAUAUAUGGCUGAUGGUCACGACUCACGAUACAAAUCCUACCAAAUGGCCCUCUUAACCAAAAACUUCUUCAUCUUCUUUGAUUAAUUUGCCACCUCGCACGUGUGAAAAGUCAAGUUCUCUUCGCUACGUGUGAAAACUCUCUUCCCCAAUUUAAAACCUACAACACUACGAUUAGUACGAACAAUUCAAUGUCUGCUUCCGGCUUAGCUAGCCGGAAAAAGGAUCCGGUGUACAGAGGAAUCCGUUGCCGAAGUGGGAAAUGGGUUUCUGAGAUUCGUGAGCCGAAGAAAACCACUAGAAUCUGGCUUGGGACUUACCCCACGGCAGAGAUGGCAGCGGCGGCCUACGAUGUGGCUGCUAUGGCUCUUAAAGGAAGAGAAGCCGUCUUGAACUUCCCCGAAUCCGCCCGGUCAUACCCGGUUCCCGUAUCAACAUCUGCAGCGGAUAUACGAACCGCUGCGGCCGCUGCAGCAUCAGUGAAAGGAUGUACUGAGGAAGGGGAGGAGGAGAAAGAGGCAAAGAAGAAGAAGAGUAGUAGUAAUAGUUCGAAGUCGAGAGCGCGUGAAUGCCACGUAGACAAUGAUGCGGGGUCUUCGUCGUGGUGUGGAACAGAGUUUAUGGACGAAGACGAAGUCUUGAAUAUGCCUAAUUUGCUGGCUAAUAUGGCCGAAGGGAUGAUGCUUGCACCACCGUCGUGGAUGGAUUCUCGACCGUCCGAUGACUCUCCGGAUAAUUCAAAUGACGAGGACUUGUGGGGCUAUUGAUCGGGUCGUGUUGUCCACGUAUAUGUAUGUUAUCAUAUUGUUCUUUUGUUGGUUUGUUUUGUUCAUUAUAUCACUUAUAUUAUGAUAUAUCAAAUCAUAUGUUUUAAUUAAAUAUGGGUGUUUCUUGUAUUGUUGAAUUAGGGUUUGUUUUUUUUUCUUUCUGGAGUUUUAGGGUUAUCAAUUAGGGCUUUAUCAGCCUUAUCCUACUGAUUUACCCUUAAUUUCACGUCUUCAUGUGUUGAUUUAUAUCAUUAAUCUUGUAUUAUUUA